AUGUGGCAGGUGAUCGAAGGUGUGUGGGUGGAGAUGCUCUGCUUCUCGGCCAGUAGGUGCCGAGGGUACCUACAUGCCAAGAGUUUGGGCACCGGUGGGGAGCUGCUCACAUAUAUCUGGCUCCUUCUGUCGCAAAUGGGGAUGGAGACGUUGCCGGAGAGGCUAAACAGGACAGAGCUUUCAACUGAAGAAGGAAAUGACGGCGCCACUCCAUCGACUUCCCAGAUAUUAUAA